AUGUUGAUUGGGUAUCAUAUGAAAGGCUACAGUGGCUAUGCGGUUCAAUAUUCUCCAUUCUUUGAUAACAAGCUUGCGGUCGCCACGGGUUCAAACUUUGGACUAGUCGGGAAUGGAAAACUAUUCAUAUUGGAUAUAACUCCCCAAGGUAAAAUUGUCGAAAGCAAUUCCUUCUUAACUAAAGAUGGGCUUUUUGAUGUAGCCUGGAAUGAACUACAUGAAAACCAAGUUCUCGCUGCGCAAGGGGAUGGAUCUCUAAGGUUAUUCGAUAUUAACCUGCAGAAGUAUCCCGUGGCCAUAUUUCAGGAACAUGAACGUGAAGUAUUCAGCUGUAAUUGGAAUUUGAUAGAUAAGCAAACUUUUCUAAGCUCUUCAUGGGAUGGUACUGUGAAAAUCUGGUCACCGGCUAGAAAGCAAAGUUUGCGAACCCUGCUUCCCACUCCUACAAAUAAUACUGUUUUAGUCGAUAGCACUGUUUUGAAACAAGAUGUUCCUGUGUCUAAUCAGGCUCAACAUAAAUAUUCAUCAAAUAAUAAAGAUUGCAUAUACCAAGCGUUGUAUUCUCCACAUGAUUCGAACCUAGUUAUGAGUUGUUCUGGUAAUUCAUAUGUUUCCAUCUUUGAUAUUAGACAGCCUGUAAACACUGAGCAGCAAAGCUUCAUUGCACAUAGAGGUUUAGAGGCGCUAACUUGUGACUUUAAUAAAUACAGACCUCACAUUGUUGCCACUGGUGGUGUUGAUAAACUUAUUAAAGUCUGGGAUCUAAGGAUGGUAAGACAAUCGCUCUUGCAUACUAGAUCAUCUCCUGUGAGCAUCAAUGAGAUGCAAGGUCAUUCAUUGGCUGUUCGCAGAGUAUUCUGGUCACCACAUCACUCCGAUAUGCUGCUGUCUACUUCAUAUGAUAUGACAUGUCGUACGUGGCAAGAUUUAACUGACAACAAUACUAGCGGUUAUACUCCAGGCCGAACAAAUAACAGUCACCCUCAAAGAGGUUGUCAGUUUAGUUUUGAAAAUCAUAGCGAAUUUGUAUUCGGUGCAGAUUGGAGCCUAUGGGGUGAACCUGGUUAUGUUGCAACCACUGGUUGGGAUGGACAUGUUUAUGCAUGGUAUGCAUUUCCAAGAUAA